AUGGACGGAAACUCGGACAUCAACACAAUCCUAACCAAUUCGUUGUCACCCGGUAUGUUUGCCGCUCUCCUGGCGACGGCUGUUUGUUUCUGCGCGGAGCUUCACACGAUGACACGACGGCACGGCCUUGACGCGGAGGAGGCGGAGGGAAAGGAGAGGGCAUACUGCAUUCAACACCACUGUGACGCGCCGCAACGCGCCGCUGGCUUCGCCGUGCCGUCUGGCGGCAGAAACAACGCGUUGCGUCAACAUGCUGAGCAGCAGCUCGAGCAGGCCGCAGCCACCAACUUUGUACGUAGUGUUGCUCCCCACCCAACUUCUCUCUACCUUGCCACGCUCGUCCAGGAGCUCGCCAAGGAAGACGCCCAAGGACACAUUCGUGCCGCUGCCGGUAUUGCCCUCAAGAACGCCUUCACAGGCCGCGACCCAACCCGCCAGGCCGAACUCCAAGCAAAAUGGCUCCAGCAGACCGACCAGGACACAAAGACAAAUAUCAAGCAGCUGACCCUGCAAACCCUUUCCUCCACCAACAGCCAGGCCGGGCAGGCGGCCGCACAGGUCGUGGCCGCCAUCGGUGCCAUCGAGCUGCCCCGCGAGCAGUGGCCGGAGCUGAUGCCCAUGCUCGUCCAGAACGUCAGCCAGGGCGAGGCGCACCAGAAGCAGGCCUCUCUCACCACCAUCGGCUUCAUCUGCGAGAGCCAAGACGCCGACCUCCGCGCCAGCCUCGUCGGCUUCUCCAACUCCAUCCUGACUGCCGUUGUCCAGGGCGCGCGCAAGGAGGAGACCAACAACGAUGUUCGCUUUGCCGCGAUCACCGCCCUCAGCGACUCGCUCGAGUUUGUCGGUAACAACUUCAAGCACGAGGGUGAGCGCAACUACAUCAUGCAGGUCGUGUGCGAGGCGACACAGGCGUCCGACAGCCGGAUCCAACAGGGUGCCUUUGGCUGCUUGAACCGCAUCAUGGCCCUCUACUACGAGAACAUGCGCUACUACAUGGAGAAGGCUCUCUUCGGCCUGACCAUCAUGGGCAUGAAGUCCGACGACGAGGAUGUCGCCAAGCUGGCCGUCGAGUUCUGGUCCACCGUGUGCGAGGAGGAGAUUGGCAUCGAGGACGACAACGCGCAAGUCGGCCCCGUCGAGGACCAGGACCAGCUCCGCCCCUUUUACAACUUCGCCCGCGUCGCCACGAGCGAGGUUGUGCCCGCCCUGCUCAUUCUCCUGACGAAGCAAGAUGAGGAUGCUGCCGACGACGAGUACAACAUUUCGCGCGCUGCCUACCAAUGCCUGACCCUCUAUGCCCAGGCCGUCGGCCCCACCAUCAUCCCUCACGUCAUCCAGUUUGUCGAGUCCAACCUGCGGCACGACGACUGGCACCAGCGUGACGCUGCCGUGUCGGCGUUCGGCGCCAUCAUGGAAGGCCCCGGCGACGCGGUUCUCGAGCCCAUCAUCCAGUCCGCCCUGGGCAUCCUGAUCUCCAUGAUCGACGACCCAUCCAUCCAAGUCCGCGACUCGACGGCCUUCACUCUGGGCCGCAUCACCGAGAACUGCCCCCACUCCAUCGACCCCAAAACACACCUCAACCCUCUGAUCGAGUCCCUGUUCCGUGGUCUGCUGAGCAGCCCGAAGAUGGCGGCGUCGUGCUGCUGGGCACUGAUGAACCUGGCGGAGCGCUUCGCUGGCGACGCCGGUGCCGCCGAGAACCCCCUGACGCAGCAUUUCACCCAGAGCGUGACUCAGCUGCUGUCCGUCACGGCCGCCGAGGCCGGUGCCGAGCCCGCUGUGCGCACGGCCGCCUAUGAGGUGCUCAACACCUUUGUAGCGAAUGCCGCCCAGGACAGCCUGCAGGACAUUGCACAGCUGUCGGACGUCAUUCUGAAGCGUCUCGAGGAGACCAUCCCGCUCCAAAGCCAGGUCGUCAGCGUCGAGGACAAGAUCACGCUCGAGGAUAUGCAGACCAGUCUGUGCACCGUCCUGCAGGCCAUCGUCAACCGUCUCGACAAGGAGAUUGCGCCGCAGGGCGACCGCAUGAUGGCUGCGCUGCUCUUGAUCCUGCAGAACUCGGGCGGCAAGUCGUCGGUACCCGAGGCCGUCUUUGCCGCGAUCGGCAGCUUGGCCAACGCCCUCGAGGAGGACUUUGUCAAGUACAUGGACGCCUUUUCGCCCUUCCUGAUCAAGGCACUCGGCAACCAGGAGGAGCCCAGCUUGUGUUCGAUGGCUAUCGGCCUUGUGAGCGACAUUACUCGCUCGAUGGGACUGCGCAGCCAGCCGUGGUGCGACAGCUUUAUGAACUACCUGCUUACCAACCUGAGCAGCACUACCCUGUCGAACCAGUUCAAGCCUGCUAUCCUGCAGUGCUUCGGCGAUAUUGCUGGCGCUAUUGGCGGCCACUUUGAGACGUACCUGUCUGUUGUUGCCCAGGUUCUGCAGCAGGCCGCGACAGUCACUGCUGGCAACGACGGAAGCUACGAGAUGUUCGACUACAUCGUCUCGCUGCGCGAGGGUAUUAUGGACGCCUGGGGCGGUAUUAUUGGUGCUAUGACCUCCAGCCAGAAGACCGAGGCUCUGCAGCCGUACGUCCAGCCCAUCUUCCAGCUCCUGAAUGUCCUCGCCAACGACGGCAACCGCAGCGAGUCGCUCAUGCGCUCGGCAAUGGGUGUCAUCGGUGACCUUGCUGAGGCGUUCCCCAACGGGCAGCUCACGGAGGCUCUGCGGCAAGAAUGGGUGCUACGCAUUAUCAAGGAAACGCGCACCAACCGGGAGUACUCCUCUCGCACGGUCGAUACCGCCCGGUGGGCGCGCGAGCUCGUCAAGCGCCAGAUUGGUGGCCAGACGAACGUCAUCCAGGCGUAA